GGCACCUCGGUGUUUACACGGGGCGGCCCCGCGCGCGCCGCAGCGGCCCGCAGACGGCGAGGGGGAGGGGCGCGCGCGCCGGCGGGGCCGCGCGGGGAGAAAGACACUGGAAGGAGGCGGCGGCGGAGAGCGGCGCGCGCGGGCCGCGGCCGAGCCGGAGGCUGCAAGAAGAGGAGCCCGCGGGGUGCGAUCCCUCCGCUCCCCAGCUCCCGCAAAACAAUGUGUGGCGUGCAGCGGGGUCCCGACUCGCCGGGGGCGGCGGGGGCACGCCGAGCCCGCCUGAACCCGCGCGGCUGACCUUCUCCCACCCGCUCCCCCCCUCCCUGCCGCCGCCGUCCGUUGGGCCUGGGCGCCCAGCUCCUCGCUCCUCAGCUCGCGGGGGCCGGGCCGAGCCGCGGGGCGGGGCCGCCCCUCCGUCGCCGCCGCCACCGCCGCUGCCGCCGCCGCUGCUGCUGCUGCUGCUGCUGCCUCCUCCCUCAUCCUCUCCCCUCACCCCCCCCCCACGGCCGCGGAGGAUGCGGACGGCCCCCGGCGGCGGCGUCUAGCGGCCCCUGGCCCAGGCGCGAUGGUGCAGCAGCGGGGCGCGAGGGCCAAGCGGGACGGCGGGCCGCCGCCGCCCCCGGGGCCCGGGUCGACCGAGGAAGGGGCGCGUGAGCCCGGCUGGUGCAAGACCCCGAGCGGCCACAUCAAGAGGCCGAUGAACGCGUUCAUGGUGUGGUCGCAGCACGAGCGGCGGAAGAUCAUGGACCAGUGGCCGGACAUGCACAACGCCGAGAUCUCCAAGCGCCUGGGCCGCCGCUGGCAGCUGCUGCAGGACUCGGAGAAGAUCCCGUUCGUGCGGGAGGCGGAGCGGCUGCGCCUCAAGCACAUGGCGGAUUACCCGGACUACAAGUACCGGCCGCGCAAAAAGAGCAAGGGGGCGCCCGCCAAGGCGCGGCCCCGCCCCCCCGGCGGCGGCCACCGUCUCAAGCACGGGCCGCAGCUGCAGGGCCGCGGGGGCCGCCGGCCGGCGGGAGGGCCUCUGGGGGGCGGCGCGGCGGCGCCCGAGGACGACGACGACGACGACGACGAGCUGCUGGAGGUGCGCCUGGUGGAGACCCCCGGGCGGGAGCUGUGGAGGAUGGUCCCCGCGGGCCGGGCCGCCCGGGGCCCGGCGGAGCGCGGCGCCCAGGGGCCGUCGGGAGAGGGGGCGGCCGCCCCCGCCGUCGUCGCCGCCUCCCCGCCGCCGUCGGAGGACGAGGAGCCGGAGGAAGAGGAGGAAGAGGCGGCCCCGGCGGAGGAGGGCGACGAGGAGACGGUGGCGUCGGGGGAUGAGCCGUUGGGCUUUCUGUCCAGGCUGCCCCCGGGCCCCGUCGGCCUGGACUGCAGCGCCCUGGACCGCGAUCCGGACCUGCCGCCCCCUUCGGGCACGUCUCACUUCGAGUUCCCGGACUACUGCACCCCCGAGGUGACCGAGAUGAUCGCGGGGGACUGGCGCCCGUCUAGCAUCGCCGACCUGGUUUUCACCUACUGAGCCCACCGUCAGCGGGGCGCGCACGCCCCCAAACCAGCUGUUUACAUACAGGAAUCAGGUAUUGGGGCCCCUCGGAGGGCCGAGGCUGGCACCCCGUCUCCCGCACAGCCUCCUCCCCCUCCUAGACGUGCCCAUCCCCCCUCAGAUCCAGACAUGCCCCUCCCCCCGCAGACACACCCCAAGGCAGCCCAGCCCCCACCCUGCCCUGCCACCCAAGCCCCUCCCCACCGCGUCCCUCCCGCACAGCCACCAGCAGCCAGCCCCCCUCCCGAGCGGCUCCCGUCCGCGCCUCCGGACCCGCGCCCUGCCCCCUCCCUCGUCCGCCCCACUUUGCACACGCCCCUCCUCGUGGCCGGAGGACACGCCCUCUCGCCGCCUCGGGUGGGGGGCGACGCGGCCGGGCGGCCCCGCCCCUGCGGGGGGGAGGGGCGCGCUCCCUCUGAGCCCCCGGGGUCCGCCUCUCCGCCAGGGCCCGCCCCCUCCUCGCGCAUGCUUAGUGCUUCUUGGGAGGAGGGGGCUGGUGGCGGUGGAGCUGCACGCCGCGGUCGCUCCGACCCGGGGCGGGGGGAAAGGGGGGAGGGGAGGGGGUGCGGUGACUGUGGAGCGAGAUCCUGAGGAAUCCUUUGAUCUGGGAAUCAGUGGCUUCCUCUCCACCCGACGGGGCGUCACUGCCUUAAUGGGAGGAGCACUCCCAGAAGGGGGAGAAAGACUAGCUGGCGGGGAAGGGCUGGUCUGGGCCUCGAGCUCUCCCAAGCCUCCCUGACGGGGUCGCCCCCAGCACCCCCCGCACGCCACCUCCUUGGACUGCGCGAUGCCUUCUUACAGCCUGUCUUGGGCCCCAGGAACGUCCCUAUUUCGCCCCCUCCGCCCCCCAAAACUCCAACCCAACACAUCUACCAACUAGUCUUGUUUGGGGAUGGGGGCCUUGCUGCUUGCUCUCCUACCCCGGGGAGGCCCUUCCACCCCACCUCAGGGCACCCUCUCGGCCUGGGCUCCUCCCUCAGCCCGCCUCCCCUACCCACCCCGACCCCUCACCGCGGCAGUAUUGGGGCGGCGGGCCAGGGGCGCGGGGCCCUCGGCGGCCGCGCCAGUGAGGCUGAGGAGAGUGGAGGCGGGCCGUCGUGCCUCAGUUUCUCCUCGUGAGAAGCAUGGCGGGGGUGGAGUGUGGGGUUGGUGCCGCGGGUAGUAAGACGUCGGAUCAAAUUCUGGGGACCCCCGCGACCCUGCCGCUGUGGCCCCCCGCCUCUCCCUGCCCCAGCCCGCCCCCCCCCCCCCGCAUCCCGACCCCCUCGCCCUCACUACCUGUAUCUCGCCGGCGUGUGUCCGCCCCUUGCGGGCGGACACACACACUCAUUCACACACACAAAUCUCAGGAACACAUGGUCCCAGAGCCCUCCGGGACCCCCGCCCAGGGUCUCCGCAGGUCUCUGCCUCACGCGUUCCCGUCGCUGACAAAGCCACCAGCUGCCUCCUCGAAGCUUGGUGCUCCGCCUCUGGGCCUUUCUCGCGCUCUUUCUCCUUUUUUUCUCUUUUUCUCUCUUUCUUUUUUUU